ACCGAAAAGAAAUGAGACCAUAAUACACAGCACUAUUUCUUAAUGUUUUCCGAUAUAAGGUGCAUCUUAGUAUUUGCACUAGCUGCCCUCUGAAUAUAUUAGUGUUGGGAAAACUGUAUACUUAGGACAAUUUGACAAGAUGUCUAACGUGGAAUAUAGACCUGCUGAAACUUUGACCAUUCGAUUAAGCCGACGGGACUCGGGUGUGUCAUGGGGAUUUCGUCUGCAGGGUGGCACGGAUUUUAACAUUCCACUGUCUGUACAGUCGGUAAAUCCAAACAGUGUUGCAGAUAGGGCAGGUUUGCAGGCAGGGGAUGGUAUCCUAUUUAUUAACAAUGCCAACACAGAUCAGCUUUCGCAUGAACAAGCCAAGAUGGAAAUGAUCAGAUCUGGCAAUGAAAUAUACAUGACUGUAGUCAGAGGUGCUGUAGAAGUAUGGAAACCAAAAGUUACAGCCUUGUCAGAUCUACGUCCACAAGAAUUACGUCAGAUAAAGACAGCUACUGGAGAUACCGUUACAGCAGUUCAGAAAACAGACCUCACCCGAGAUGGACCACUGGAGUCAUUAAAAAUAGGAAGUAGCCACAAUCGUUCAGCCAAACCAUUUGGACAAUCAAGUCAGUAUGAACCGCCAAGACCAGAAUACCAACAGCAACAGUAUCGACCACCCCCUCAACAACAACAUUAUCAACCACCCCCUCAACAACAGCAGCAAUAUAGACAACAACAACAACAACAGCAGCAACAGUAUAGGCCACCACCACAACAACAACGUCAGCCAAUGAGUCCUACAUCACCAAAGGCACCUGUUCCCACAGUUGUCCAUGCUCAAUUUAAUUCCCCAAUAGGCUUGUAUUCUGCUCCUCAUAUUGCUGAAAGUUACGAUGUCCAGACAAAAGGAAUACAGAAAGAAAUGGAAAACUUAGACGUUGAAGAUGCACCUGUAGGAAUGAAAAUAAGUGGAACAUAUCAGCCAUUGCCAGAAGACACAGGUGAUGAUGAUGAUGAUGACACAGAGUUCACUGAGCAUGCUCCCUUACCUGAAACAGCAGACGACAACUCUAACAGUGUGAAGUGUGAAGACAAUAAUCAGCAUGAAAUUAUUAAUACUAAUCCAGAUUUGGAAAGACCUAGUGGAUUUAGAUCAGUGACAGCACCAAAGUUUGAUCCCUCACAAAACCAGUCACCGAAGCAAGAAUCAAUGCACUGUGUAAAGUGUGGAAAUAUGGUCAGUGGUGUAUUUGUAAAGAUCAAAGGACAGCCAUACCAUGCACAGUGUUUUACAUGUACUUCUUGUGGUGUAAAUCUAAAACAGAAAGGUUAUUUUGUGAUAGAAGGUUGUUUAUUCUGUGAAAUCCAUGCUAAACAAAGAGCAGAAGCCCCUGGUCCAAACAUGAGACAAGCUGAUGUUAUUUAUCGAUAAACAGUCCUGGUUAAAACCUGUGUAAGACUUUGCAGUGUGAUUCCCAGAAGAUAUCUACAAAUAUGAUCUGAUUUACAGAAUGCUCAGAUUUGUAUAUUUAUGCUCAUAUGUAUUUAUACCUUUGUGAAAAUUUUAAAGAGUUACUGUGGAUUCAUUUAUUUUCGUGGGUACCAAUUAUCAUGGAUUGAUGAAAACUUGUAUUUUCGUGGACAUUUGAUUUCAUAAUUUGGCCCAUGUCUGCAUACAACCUGAUGGAAAAUUUGUAAUUCGUUGAACAUUUAGAUUUGUGGUUCAUCUGUACCCACGAAAUCCACGAAAAUUGGGAUCCAACGAAUAAUAAUGAAUCCACAAUAAGUUACAGAUUUCCUCUAAAAGUAUGUGUCCUUGAUAGAAGACCAAGGCGUUCAAAAAAUAGUAGAAGGUUUAUAGAUUCAUAAUUAUAAUUGGUUGUUUUUUUGUAAGGACUUUGUGGAUGUCUAAUACUGUGGAUGCAUUAUUAUUCGUGGGAAACCAAUUUUCAUAGAUUUCAUGCGUAUUGGUAAACCAAGCAAGUCAAAGAUUGUCUAAGAUAUAGAAAUAUGUACUGAUAACUUUUAUUGUAAAGAGGAAAAGUUUUGCAAAGAACUUUUUUUUUGGCUAAUAUUUCACAAUAACGAUAAAUUUGCAAACAGAACUGCAUAAAUAUCCAGUCAUGUAAAUUUUAUCUUUGAAGCAGAUUUGAAUAAAUACCAAGAAUAACUAGGAAAUAAUACUUCACGAACAGGUUCAGCCAUUUGAAUUGACAAAAUUCAGACUCCACAAAAAAAUAAACUGAUUUAUAGUAUUUUGUUAAAGUAGAUAUUUAUUCAUUUUCAAUAUUUACUAGAGUAGAUUUUCAUGCACUGCAAUAUAUUUUUUUAUAAAAAAAACUUUGCUUACUGCUUGCUGUGUAGGUACACAGACAAUUAUUUUUUGAUAAAAUUACUUUUUUGUGUUCAGGUUAAGUUUGAAUUAGGAAAUUUGCCUUCAAACUUCAUGUAUACUAAUGUUAAGCUGUGAUACAAUACAAAUUUUGGUCAGUUUUUUAUGUUACUGUAUAAUGCGAUAUUAUAACUAAAACUAUAUUUUUGUGUUUCUAUGAUAUUAUGACUUAAUAUUCCCUGGCGGAAUAUAUUCAAUAAUGAUAUUGUUAUACAUGUAUUAUAAGUUUGGAAAUAUUAGUCAUGCAAACAUAAGCAGAUAUUUCUGGGGAAUGUUUAUAUGUAUGAACGAGGAACAAUUAAGGGAAAUUGUACAUUAUAUGUAUGGUGGAUGAUAUCGGGGUAAUACGUGAUUGAUGCUCUACUUGAGGGGGGCUUCAUUUGUAAUGGAGUGAGUGUAGAGGGUUAAAACUGUUUUAAAAAAGCUAUAUCCAGGAUAUUUAGUAGUAUCUUCAAACAUUUCAUUUGAGAAUUGACCUCUUAACUGUCAUCACCCAUUUCAAUUCUUUUUUGCAAGAGUUAUCUUUCUUGACUAGUCAGACUCAUUUAUAGAUAUGUGCAAUGUUUUUAAUGUUUGGAAAAUCAGGACAACAUGCUAUCACCUAACAUAAUAAAAAGUAAUGCAUAUCAUAUUUUAUGGCUUCAAUUUUUUUUCUCAAAUUUGAAGAUUCUGUUCUACAAAUGAAGUUGAAUACUACUCUGGGGACAUUUCUCUUCUCUUACAAAACUCCAUAUAAAAAUACUGAGUAGACUUAUUUAUGAACUAGCCUCUAGAAUGCCUAUAUCUUUAAGAAAUAUGAACGUUAUAUGCCUUUUUUAGUUCCUACGGGUUGUACCGGGUAUUUUUUUUAGAAGUUUUUAGAAAAAUUCUCUACAGACAUAUUGUGUGAAUGAAUGUUUAUACUGAGCUUUUUGGAGUGGUCAGUUCUAUUUUGUCCCCCCACUUUCAUCUUUUCGCCCUUUUUUUGAGUAUUUAAUAUGUACACUGUUUUGUUUGUAACAUACUUUUGGGUAGAAAGUUUCAAUUUCAAAAGACUUGAAGUACGUGUAAGUACAGAUUGUUUUGUGAAACAGUUGACUGGAUUGUAAAUUGAGAGAUAUCUGAAGUAUAUUUUGUUAAUCAGAGACUGACACAAGUUGUAUCAUACAACGGUACAAAAAAAGACUGUUAAAUAUUUAUAUUAUAAAUACAUUUUUACUUGAAAUGUUUCAAUAUUUUAUUUAAAGGUCAUUUCAACCAUCAUGCAGCUGUUCAACAAAUUAUUGCUUUCUUUUUGGUGUCUGUUUCCAUUUUUUUGUGUUUGUUAUGUUAUUGGGUACUUUUACUUGAAACAGGGCAUUGAUUCAUGUAAAGAAAUGAAAGUAUUCUGUUGAUUUUUUUUUUUAACUAUUCUUAUUUUAAUAUGUAAAUUUAUUUCAUUACACCAGAUGUGAAAAUACUAUUGACAAUUCAGUAUCUAUUGUUGUACUUUUCGUACUCGAGUCACAUGGUAAGAUUGGAUUAGUAUCUGUAAUAAAUAACUAGUUGAUACAGAUACUUAAAUCUAGGUCAAUUUCGAUUACAGACAAUAUGAGUAAUAGAAGAACAAAUAGCACAGAGUUUUGUGAACUUUUAUUAAAUAAUCAAUUGCCAAUGGUAUUUUCACACACUGUGUAAUGUGUAAUUGGAGUGAAAGACGUGAUUGUAUGUUAGAAGAUAUUAUAUGUUUAAUAGAAGUACAGUUGAACCUUGCUCUAUUUUGUUGUGAAAAAUCUCUUUUAGUCCUUAUUUUGCAGAGUAUUUCUUUUGAAAUGUCCACUUUUAUCUAAAACUAGUUUGAGAAAAGGAAAGUUUACCUACUAAGAAUAUGUUAGAUGUUGGACAUGGAAAAAGUGAGGUUGUUGAUAAACCUCAUUGUUAUGAUGAAACAUAUGUGGUGAAAAAUUGAAAAACAUAAAGGAUAAGGCCUGGUAAGACCCCUUUUUGGACCCAAAAUAUAGCAUUUUAAAAAUUUGUUAAAAAUGUAAACUUUGAGCUAUUUAUUUGAAAGUAGAAUAAUUUUGUUUCAUAAAUAAGGGCUGUUUUUGACAAUACAAUGCACAUGCAUUAGGUACUAGCAUCAUUAAUUCAUGCAAAGUCACUGAAAUCUUCACAAUUUUAGCAUUUAUGCUAAUUUUUAAACGGUUUUUGUCUAAAAUAAAAGUUGCUGCACUUGUGUUCAGUCUUAACAUUUAAAUAUAUGUUGUAUUUGAUGACAAUACAUAACAUAGAUAAAGGUUGAGACUGAACACGAAUGCGACCACUUCCAUUUUAGACAAAAAGCAUCUGAAAAGUGAUGUUUUGUGGCAUAUUUAAGAGAUUCUUCAUACUUAUGCUUGAAUUUAAGUGUCUAUAAUGACCAAACCAGUUCAAAUCUUUUACCUGAACUAAUUGAAUCGACUGAAGUAGACACUUAAGUGUUUAAAAAAUGUCAAAAAUCUUUCUUCAGAUGUACUUCAAAUUUAGGCCAAAAUUGACCCUUACCGGACCUUCUCCUUUCCUUUGGAUUACUGUUUAUAAAAUACAACAUUUACAUAAUAGCAGGAUUUUCAUUAUUCUUCUGUUUGUAAAGAAUAAAUAUUUUGAUGCAAAGAAAAGGUAGGUUUUCAUGCAUUUACCAAAAAGAUUGAUCUAGAUGUUGUGUCAGACAUGCCAAACUGCCAACAAUGUAUAUAUAAUUACCAUAGCAAGGUUCAGUUGUUUGUUUACCAGAAUAGAUAUUUUAUUUCAUUUUGAAGUGGUUUUUUUUUAUUUUGUAAUUUUUACAUUUAUAUGCAAUGUCCCAUAUGGGCACUUCCUGUAAAGGUGCUUAAAAUUAUUUUUAUAGUUAAAUGUUUGUAGUAUAUUUAGAUUAGAACAUUAGAAGUUGUAGUAUAUUUAGAAGAUUAGAUUAUUUAUAUAUUUUUACACACAAAUCUGAAAUAUACAUGCAGCACAUUGUAGCCUUCAGUAAAAAAUACACUAUUUUUGUAUACUGUUUUUUCGUGAUACUUUUUUCUCUGUCUCACAGCAGACAGGGAUACAGUAAUGUUAGUCAUCCAGAUUUUUUUAGUUGCUCAAGUGAUCACUAGAUCUUUAAUCGGCAUAUCAUCUAUGCACAUUGAUGCAUACAGCAUAAAGUUCUGUAUCAUGGCAUUAUAUUUAUGAAGAAAUGCUUAUAGGUUAAUAUUGAAAAUAUGGAAUGAAUGUUGAAAAAUUAUAUUCAUAAUAAUGACUGAUAUCGAAAAUUUAUAUUUUUUUUCCCUUCAAUUUUGUGGGUCAGUUUUAGUUGGGUUGAAUGCCUUCUAAAUCUGUAUCAAAUUUAUUGUUUAUAUAGAAUACAUGUAAUGAUGUAUAGUCUUUUUCAGUUGCGUCUUAUUUAAAUAAUACCUUCAAUGAGUUUAAAGGUUAUUUGUGUAUAGUUAUUUUUAGAAUGUGAUGAAUGUUGUUAUUAUACCCUGCAAUACUUAGAUCUGCUAUUUUGUAUACUGCUUUACACCACUUAUCUAUUUGUUGGAAUAAAGUUUAUGAAAAGUUG